GCAUGAGUUUACUAGAUGAUGAUCUCCCAGCUGAGUUCUUACAUAAAGAGGAGACCGAGGAAGCGGUACUAGUUGAAGUUCGUCAAGAUGUUAUUAAUGUGAUGGAUGAUGAAAAUGCUGUAAUUUAUGUUGAUGAGAAUGACUUAGUCAUGCCUGAAGAAGUCUAUGAUGCCUGGCCUGGCGAAGCCGUUGAUUUUCAAGAGGUCUCCGACAGCGAAGCAAAGUUCUUGCUGUUGAAAUGGGUUUGUAUUAGAUUCACGCCGGACACCGUUGACAUUAUUGAAGACCAGGACCAGAUAUUCUUAGACGAUGUACUUCCACUGAAAAAAUCCAUGUGUAUCUUAGUUGAAGGAAUUGCCUACGGAGACGACGAGCUUCUACCGUUUGAAACUAACACUAUGGUUGAGUUUGAUGAGAUUCCACAACUUGAGAAUACUAACCGAAAUCGUCGAAAAGCAGCUACGAUCGUAACGUGUGAAGUCUGUGGUGUUUUGCUAAAGCAUCCGUCGAAAAUUCGGGCUCACAUGCGAACCCAUACUGGCGAGAAGCCGUUCGAGUGUGAUUUAUGUGGGAUGAAAUUCUCGCAACGUACUCCUAUGCUCAACCACGUUCGUCGACAUUUAGGACAAACGCCAUACGACUGCGGUUUUGGUUGUGGGAAAAAAUUCGUGAACAAUGCACAGAAAAAUGCGCAUGAGCUAAGACAUCUCGGUUCAAAAAGAGCUGGUCCGCCAAGGCCACACCUGAAGCCGCCUAAACGCUCGCUGUGGAAUAAAAGUUUUGCAAAAACUGAUCAUCGAAUGCGACUGUGUGACGAGGAACACCCUCCGAUUAAACGCCGUACACGUCCAUAUCGCGCACCGAUGCUUGUUCAAUGCCAAAUAUGUGGCCUAAUGCUCAAACACGCUAGCAAGAUUCGUGCUCAUAUACGAACGCACACAGGUGAUAAGCCCUAUAUUUGUGUAUACUGUGAUGAGCACUUUGGUACCUCAGGAACUUUAAGUAUGCAUAUCAAGCGGAAACAUACCUUUGGUGAAAGGCCAUAUGCUUGUACAUGGGAUUGUGGAAAGCGAUUCGUAAGUCUCUCUACUCGGAAUGAGCACGAACGAGUUGUUCAUGCUGGCACAAAGAGAUAUGAAUGUUCAGUAGCAGGUUGUUUUCGCAUGUUUAGUCGUAGAUAUUAUUUAAUGCUCCAUCGGCAGCGAGAACACGGGCUUUCUUUCAAGCCGAUCUUCAAUCCGGAGGAAAUCGCCAAAGCCGAGAAGGAAGCCGACAGUGAACUUGCUGAGCCAAAUCAAGUGAAAGCAUCUUGUGACUAUAACACAUCUAGUAGCCAGGUUCUCGUCGAUCCGUCUACUAAUAUGCUUGUUCAUGUCUCGGAAAAUGGAAUGGUGCUACAACAGGAUAUUGACCAGCAUGCUUUCAUGCAAGGGGAAUUUGUUGAAGAAAAUGAAGACGGGUCUUUAGUCGAGGUAGUUGAUAGUAGUAUACGGAAUUCGCAUUCGGUGGACUCUGCGGAGUCCUUAAGCAGCCAAUCAGUACGAUUCAUUCUCUCUGACGGUCCGUUAGAUCAAAGUCAAUCCAGUGGUUUAUGUGUUCCUCGUCUUGAAAAUGGUCUCACUGACCAGCGAAAUGAGCAACUGCCCAUACCUAUGGAGGAAAAGGACAUCGAAAAUCUUGGAAAUGCGUUCUUCAAGGUGGCCGUGCGAAAUGAACGUCAUGUGUACCCUAGAACUCGUAUGGUAAACAUACUAAAGAAGAAGCUGUCUGUUCGGCCUUCAACACAUUCGUUGUUAAAGCAGUAUGUUAUGAAGAAUGAAACUUUCUACCAUCACAUUCAUGUUGCAACCAGGAUGUUCGAAGAGGCUGCUACGGCAGUGGGAACAUCUGGAAUGAACUACAUGAAGUAUGACAGCCCUGUUCAUACUACCGCUGAAGAGUUGGAUGUUGGAGAGGAGGGGAUUCUUGAUUUUGAAGAGAGUCGAAUGGGAUCCUACGAUUACAAUAUGCAGGACAAGUUCAUGAUGUACAAUACAGUUCUCGACAUUCUAUUGCAGGAGUCCAGUGAACAUGUCUAUGAACGCAGCUCCACACGAAAGUACCGAAUGGUUCGACGUAAGCCAGCACAAACAUUCUACUGUUCGCCUUGUAAUAAGGAGAUUAAGUCCAUCUACGAGGUCAUCAUGACGCACUACCAGCGAAACGGCAAAAGUAAUUCUGGACUUGAAACAGUAGUGAUCGAAGAUACUGUGGAAAAUGAAGCCAUAUGUGAUGAUGAUGUAGAAGUUACUACUGUUGACACACAUAUCUACGCAUGUCCUGUAGUAGAGUGUGGCAUGCAAAGUCAGAUCAAGGAGGAGGUUGAAGAGCAUAUUGCGGUUGUUCACGGUGAGAUGGAGGAUUGGAUCGAUGGAGGAGAAGCAGAGGUGUACACUAACGAUAGCGAAACGAUUGUGGUGGAUGGAAAUGCAGAUGGAAGCAGUCAGAUUAUGGAAGCAGGACAGGAGUCGAUUAUUGUGCCAGCUGACCAGGAAUACGAGUAUUAUCCAUAUGAUGGAACUAUUGUAAUGGAAGAUACUUGUGUUGACACUGUAGAACUUCAACAACCAGAAGUCGCCUUGCAGAGUGAUUCAAGCCAAGCGUUACAUACCUCAGAAGAGUCAUCUUCACAAUUCCCGUUGUACGAAAACCAAACAUAUGUUGAUGAUGCCAGUGUACCUCCACCUACUGAGGAGAUUGAGGUCAGUUCUUUUCUUCUGAACAGAGCGAAGAAACAGUUGAGUACGAUGCAGUUCAGAAAUGAUAUGGAGUUAUUUUAUGUGAACUUACCGCACGAAGAUACUUCUGAAGACCGGGUCCGCGUUUUACUCGAUCCGAAACCUCCUAAGAAAGGACGACUCACGUAUGACGAAUACUACCAAAGAGUUGUGAAUAAAAAUUUGCAAGAAAUGGAAGUGGGUGCAUCAACGAUACAGAUGGCAGCUCCAGUGAGGCAUGUUAGUAUGAUGACUGAAGAAGGACCGAUGUUAAUAGCUCAUCCAUCAUCCAGAAGCAAAAAUCGUUUGAUUCGAUCGCAGUAUGAUCGACCACAUCGGGCAAGAAACCUGGAUUGGAUCAUUGAUGCUGUUGCUCGGGGGGUAGACAUAGACUCUGCAAGUCCACAUAAUCGCCGUAAACCUGUGAUGCACAAGUGUCAGUAUUGUGGCCGAGUUGACAAGUAUCCAAGUAAAAUCAGAGCCCACUUACGUACGCAUACAGGAGAAAAACCGUUCAAGUGCGAAAUAUGUGGCAUGACUUUCGCUCAACGAACUCCUAUGCGACUACAUGUUCGAAGACACCUGGACCAAAAACCGUGGGUUCCAUUUAAGAGCAUGUACGUUUGUACGAUAGAAGGUUGUGGUGUACGAUUUGUGUCUGGUGCGUUGUUGAAUUAUCAUCAACAAACAAAACAUUUUAUGACAAAGAGAUUUGGUCAUAUAUCUUCUAGGUAUAUUUGCCUCAAAGGAUGUGGUCGUUUUUUUGCGAGUGCUAGAAAUCAAAGAAAUCACGAAGCGAGAUGUUUAUACAACACGGAACUGGCUCACGAUUUCGGUGAUGCAAUCUAUGAGCAUCUUGCGGAUGAAGAACUUGCGAAUGCGCUAGAAGCUGUUGAGAGUACUCUGGAAAUAGCCCAGGAAAAGAAUCAAUAG